GCAGGCCAAGGACCUGAAUUCUCGAAUAUUUUGCAAAUCGGUCAACGACAAGUAUUUUAUUUGAAUUCAUUUCCAUUAUUGUCCAUUGAAAUACAUUCGGUUUUAACUCCUAACCGGCCGGUAGGGGCCGCAAAUGAACAACUGCUUCCGUUUGGAAUGAAAGACCAGCGAUGUAGAAUGUCAAUUUCAAUGUUAAAAUCCCAACAAACGGGGUACGUUAAUGUUUAAAUCUUUGGCAAUUAUUUUGUUGAUAUUUUCACGUUGAAAUUGACAUUUUGGAAUUGUUCCCGUCCAGAUUGUUCCUGUCCGGAUUUGAAACGCAAGUGCCAGACUAUACCGUCAGCGUUAGCUAUGUCUAACACAUCGUGGCUGAUAUGAAUGAAAUUAGCUAACAUGUCACCACCUUUAGUGUUACUUCACUGAAUCGGCAUUUUUGGGAUUUUCAGUGGCACAUGGAACAGAAGCCAUCCCAUUGGCGAAAAAACGGCAGUAGUGACCCAUCAUUGGCCCAUAUGCUUGUCUGUCACAUCGGAAAUAUCCCCGUGGAUGCAGAAUUUAAGGGCAAGGAGUCCUGUUUUCGACACAAGACACCCCCAUAUUAGCAAGGAUCCACUUGAUGUUGAGUCAUUCUCUCGAUUGCAGAGGAAACUCAGUGCGCGGCGCCAUGCUUACCACCAUCACAGAUGGGAUUCUGUGCUGUCUCACGGGGAAGUCUGCUGAUGUGCUGGUUCCCGUGGAGACGUUGGAGCCUGGCGACGGGAUGGAGUUUGUGGAGGUGAAGCCCGGGCGCGUCCUGCGCGUUCGGCACAUCGUGCCCGAGAGGCCGGUGAUAGAGCCGGUUUCCACGGCGAGCGUCAGCGUGCACUGCAAGCGGCGGAUCAGCCUGUACCGCGACGGCCAGCUGGUGAUCGAGAACCUGGGUGAUGUCCUACACUGCCCAGGAGGGGGCGCUGAGCGCAACAGCACCCUGGAGCUAGAGCUCUCUGACUACAACAGCAACGCUACACCCCCUGCCCCCGUGGCCCCACCCCCCGCCCCAGUGGCCACGCCCCCGGCCCCGCCUCCGCGCCAGCGGCGCAGGAAGCCCAAGCGCUCGGUGAUGAUUGACACGCAGCGCAGCGUCAGCAGCUGCAAGGGCGGCCAGAGCGACCUGGCGCUCUUCUUCCUGCACGGCGUGGGCGGCUCGCUGCACAUCUGGGGCCGGCAGCUGGACUUCUUCUCCCGCCUGGGCUAUGAGGUCAUCGCCCCCGACCUGGCGGGGCACGGCGCAAGCUCCGCCCCCCGCAUCGCCGCCGCGUAUACCUUCUACGCUCUCGCCGAGGACCUGCGUGCCAUCUUCAAGAGAUACGCCCGCAAACGCAACAUCCUCAUUGGACACUCCUACGGGGUGUCGUUCUGUACCUUCCUGGCCCAUGAGUAUCCUGAGCAGGUGCAUAAAGUGGUGAUGAUAAACGGGGGAGGACCCACAGCACUGGAGCCCAGCCUCUGCUCCAUCUUCAACCUGCCAGCCUGCCUGCUGCACUGCCUGUCCCCGUUCCUGGCCUGGAGCUUCCUUAAGGCGGCGUUCGCGCAGCAGGGUGCGCGGGAGAAGCAGCUGCUGAAGGACGGAAACGCAUUUAACGUGUCGUCCUUUGUUCUGCGGGCCAUGAUGAGUGGCCAGUACUGGCCGGAGGGGGACGAGGUGUACCACGCUGAGCUGACCACGCCCAUCCUGCUGCUGCACGGGGCGCACGACAAGUUCGUCCCCAUGGAGGAGGACCAGCGCAUGGCGGAGAUCCUGCUGAUGGCGUUUCUGAAGGUGAUUGAGGAGGGCAGCCACAUGGUGAUGCUCGAGUGCCCAGACACCGUCAACACUCUGCUGCACGAGUUCUUCCUGUGGGAACCCGACGCCUCGUACAAGCAAAACCCAGCUGAGCCCGGCCCUCCCAAAAGCAAGCCCGCCCCUCCCAACGGCACACCCGCCCCUCCCAACAGCAAGCCCGUCCCUCCCAACAGAAAAUCUGCCCCUCCCAAUGGCAAGCGCGUCCCUCCCAACAGAAACCCUGCCUCUCCCAACGGCACGCCCGGCCCUCCCAACAGAAACCCCGCCCCUCUCUAUGGCAAGCCCACCCCUCCCAAAAGUAACCCCGCCCCUUUCAACAGCAACCCCGCCCAUCCCAACAGUAAUCCCACCCCUCCAAACGGCAAUCACACCCCUCUCAACAGCCAGUUGGCUGCCGGUGCACCGAAGAACAAGUAGCCAAUGGGGUGGAUGCUGAUAAAAGAAGGUGACUGAUGUGCAGUUUAUUAUUGGGGGGCCUGCACUGGGUGAGUGUGCUGAUUGGCUUAGAGCCAGAGGCAUUGUGGGAGCUUGAGAGCAGCUGCAGUGGGACAGAGGGGACCUCAACCCUCACCCACAAAAACAGGGGAGCUAAGUGACCAGGAGCUGAGCUGUUAAUCCUCCUACAUUUCCCACAAUCCCCCUUUCCUCCCACUGAUGCCAGCCAUCAUUGCAGGAGUGACCUGGGGCCCCGCCCACUAACCUUGGAGCAAAUCAGAGCAGACAGCUGGAUUGUGGGUCUACACUUGGUUGAGUGGACCGUGGUGGACUGUGGUACAGUCAGGGAAAAUGCCCCCCCCCCCCCCCGCCAUGUUAGCUUGCAGAUGCCUUUUUUGCAUGUUGUUGUCCAUUCAGAUACAGCUUAAUCAUGUUGUUGUCUUCCUAACUCAAUAUAAACAGGUUUUUCUCCUGCAGAAGUGAGUCAAUAUGAGGCUUGAAUACAGCAGUUUUAUUUUCUGGUUUAAUUUAUUCAUAGAAUUAAAGGCAAAAUCACUCCUAACCAAAUGCGUAUUAUUUAACCAUCGUAAGACUGAACACCCACAGAGAGAGUAUAGCUAGAGUCGUGUGUGUUCACAGUACAUGUGCGUUCACAGUAUGUAUAUGUGUUCAUGGUACAUAUUUAUGUUUGCAGUAGACGUUUGCUCAUGGUACAUAUGUGUGUUAAUGCCUCUAAUGACCAGCUUCAGGUCUGUGGGGUUUAGUACAAAGAGAUAAUGGAGAAAUUAUUCUGUAAGUAACAGUUAAUUCAGUGUAUGUGUGACAGAGAGAUAAAAUGAGUAGCAUUCUUGAAUACACAGCUAUAUUUCUCUCUCUUUUAAGGGAUGGGGUACCCCAGAUUAUCCCCAACAAAAAGGCCUAGUUUCCCCACAGAUAAAACCCAUCUCGAAACACAAAUAUAAUAUUUCACACUGAUUGGGUCUGGGAACAUCUUGCUUCGCUCAUUUGGACACAUCACAUACAGGAUCAGUGGAAACAGGAACUCUGUAAUGGAAUCUCUCACUGUACAUAAACCACAAAGAUGGUGGUGAAUAUUGGUGUCUGCACUGAGUUUAUGAUUUUAAUUUUUGCAACAUAGUGUUCAGCCUUACUUACUUCAAUUCAUUGAGGACUUUGUUGUCUUUGUUGCGUAUUUUGUAUUUGUACCAUCCCUGGGAAUUGUUCCCUAUUGAAGGAAGUCUUUGGGGGCCCUCUCGCUUGGCUUGGCAGCCAUAUUUCUGAUGUUAGUAGCUAAUGUAGGCAAACCAACCUUUGCGGCAACUGCAGUCUUCAACUAAAUGAAAUAAGUGUUAAGAUUAUGCAGCCAAAAAGGUUUGGUCUGAACAGGGAUCAUUUUGUUGUUUUCAAAUCAGUACUGUUACAGAAUAUUUAUUAGUAGUGUCAUCGUGUUAAAGAUGGAGUCGUAUUUAACUGUUGACGUACAAAUGAAUGCUUACCAAAGAUGCUGAGAAGUACGGAAAGGUGCUCUGUUGUUUGGAAACUGGAAGAACCAUGGCAACAUUUAUUACCUAAAAGUUUUAUAUUUACCAUGGACAGGUGAAGUAUUCAUAUUUUCCAUGAUUCUGGGAUUCAGCCUGAAUGUACAGGACCAGGUUUGGGAGUGCCUUACUGACAUCUCAAAAUCUGUGCUAGAUCCGCUGGACAACAGGGAACUGUGUGGCCAAUCAGAGAUAUGGACUGUGUGGCCAAUCAGAGAUAUGGACUGUGUGGCCAAUCAGUGAUAUGGACUGUGUGGCCAAUCAGUGAUAUGGACUGUGUGGCCAAUCAGUGAUAUGGACUGUGUGGCCAAUCAGUGAUAUGUACUGUGUGGCCAAUCAGUGAUGGGAACUGUGUGGCCAAUCAGUGAUAUGGACUGUGUGGCCAAUCAGUGAUGGGAACUGUGUGGCCAAUCAGUGAUGUGGACUGUGUGGCUAAUCAGAGAUGGGAACUGUGUGGCCAAUCAGUGAUAUGGACUGUGUGGCCAAUCAGUGAUAUGGACUGUGUGGCCAAUCAGUGAUGGGAACUGUGUGGCCAAUCAGUGAUGGGGACUAUGUGGCCAAUCAGUGAUGGGAACUGUGUGGCCAAUCAGUGAUGGGGCCUGGGGACUGGUUUUUUGGAAAGUGGGAGUCCAUGGUAGGGCUUGGCAAUAUAUCGCAGUGAUAAUUAUCGCAUGCAAUAAGGGUUGUCUCCACCAUAUGGCAUAUCACCUUUCUUUUGUCUUCUUCUUUUUAAUUAUACAUGAAGUGUUACUAAACAACUAAAGAGGCUGUGUAAAAUGUUUCGCAAACACAACCGCUGUUACCUACUGGGUGUUGACAGCCAAGACAGCCAAACAGCAGCAAGGUCGCACAGCUUCCGUGUGAUCAUGUGAUGUGUUUCUGCCAAUCGCACGGAAGCUGCAAGGCCUUGCUGCUGAUUGGCUAUCUUACGGUCAAGCAAUAGGUGGUUUUUUUUCCAGAAAGCGUUUCACGCGGCUUCCAAAAGUGUGAUUGUUUGCUAUUGCGUCAGAUAUAAUUAAAGAGAAAAAGGCAAAAAGGAAGGCGGUACGCCACACGGUGGCGACGACCGUUAUUGCAUGCAAUAAUUAUCACUGUGAUAUAUCGCCCAGCCCUGGUCCAUGGCUAGCUGGACAUAUUCCCAUUUUUGGGCUGAGAUGGGCAGGCAGGUGUUGCCGUGAGCUGGGUAGGUAAUGGUAGUUUCUUGGUAGUUAAUGUUAGCUAGUGUAACUCCACCAAUACAAAUGAAUAAUAUGUGAAAUAAGCUAUGUACAGAUUUUCUCAGAAUAAGGGUCCGCUAAGCUAAUCAAUAAUAUAAUCUUAUUAGCAAUACGAGGCUGGAUCACAUGAGAACUUGAGCUGCAGCAUUCUGUCUCACCUCAUGCUGCAACAGACAGUGAGUGGCCUCUUCCUCCUCCUCCUCUUCCUCUGCUGCUGCAGCUACUGCCCACUGUUGUGGCUGUUCCCUCAGAACACACAGUGUGCCCCAUACCGUACACCCCACAUGUUUAACCAUGUAAGACUGUGGUUAUGGUCCUGGUUAAAACCAUGCUGGAUUUACAUACCUGCUUGUCUGCAACCACAAUUAGAGCUGCAGUUAUACAUUAAAUACAGUCACACAUAUGAUAAAUACAGUCACACAUAUGAUAAAUACAGUGACACAGAUGAUAAAUACAGUUGGGGGGCGACAUAGCUCAGUAGGUAAGAGCGGUUGUCUGGCAGUCGGAGGAUGGCCGGUUCGAUCCCCCGCCCUGGGUGUGUCGAAGUGUCCCUGAGCAAGACAUCUAACCUCUAAUUGCUCCCAACGAGCUGAUUGGUACCUUGCAUGGCAGCCUUUCACAGUUGGUGUAUUGGUGUAUGAGUGUGUGUGUGAAUGAGAGGCAUCAAUUGUAAAGUGCUUUGGAUAAAAGCGCUAUAUAAAUGCAGUCCAUUUACCAUUUACAGUCACACAGAUGAUAAAUACAGUCACACAGAUGAUAAUGCAGUCACAUAGAUGAUAAUACAGUCAUACAGAUGUUAAAUACAGUCAUACAGAUGUUAAAUACAGUCACAUAGAUGUUACAUACAGUCAUACAGAUGUUAAAUACAGUCACAUAGAUGUUAAAUACAGUUAUACAGAUGUUAAAUACAGUCACAUAGAUGUUAAAUACAGUUAUACAGAUGUUAAAUACAGUCGCAGGGUCAUGAAGUUUAAAUAUCCAGUGCUGCAUCUGUAGAGUGUUCUGUUAAAGUGGGAAAGAGAAGACUGAAGCCUGUGUGCAUUUAACCAACACCGUUUUUUCAGUCUCACUGUCUGGCCCCUGUGGGUUUAAAAGUGUACAUUUUCCCAACCUAUAUUCAUUAACAAGUUAAACGAGUUAGACUGCCUGCACAAUAUAUGCAUUUUAAAAGUGUUGGCAUUGUCAACAGUUGAUGUUACAAAACAAAUCUAAAUGUAUGACAAACUGUACUGUACCAACUUAUGUACAAUGGUGCCAUUUUUCAAACUAAAAUAAAAUCUGUCAUUGUG